CGGCUUUGACAAGAAGUGAGGUUAAUUAUUGUUAUUUCUUGUCUUGUUGAGAAUUUUCAUUUGGACGGUUUAGUGAAUUUGUGUUAAGAGGAAAAAAAUCUGUGCAAAAAAAUGGCUUUAUCUGUACCCAAAGCACCCGGCGUAGCCCAAAUGAUGAAGGAAGGAGCCCGUAUGUAUAGUGGCUUGGAAGAGGCUGUUUAUCGUAAUAUUACCGCCUGCAAAGAAUUUGCCCAAACCAUGCGCUCUGCCUAUGGACCAAAUGGCAUGAACAAAAUGAUCAUCAAUUACAUUGAAAAACAAUUCGUGACCAGUGAUGCCGGCACUAUAAUGCGUGAAUUGGAUGUUGAACAUCCAGCUGCCAAACUUAUGGUUAUGGCCAGUGAAAUGCAAGACGCUGAAGUCGGUGAUGGCACUAACUUUGUGGUCAUUUUUGCCGGUGCUUUAUUGGAAAAAGCUGAAGAACUUUUGCGCUUGGGUAUUACCACCGCCGAAAUAGCCGAUGGCUAUGAAAAGGCCAUGGACAAGGCUUUGGAAAUUUUGCCCAAAUUGGUGUGUCAUGAAAUUAAGGAUUAUCGUGAUUUGUCACAAGUUAAGGAAUGCUUGCGUGCCUGUAUUAUGUCCAAACAGUAUGGUCAAGAAGAUUUCAUUACCGAUUUAGUGGCCAAAGCUUGCGUAUCCAUUUUACCUGAUAAGGGCACCUUCAAUGUUGACAACAUUCGUGUUUGCAAAAUCUUGGGCAGUGGCUUAGCCAAGUCCGAAGUAGUGCAUGGCAUGGUUUUCAAACGUUUCGUUGAAGGUGAUGUUUCAUUUGCUGAAAAGGCUAAAAUUGCCAUCUUCUCCUGCCCCGUUGAUAUUAUUCAGACUGAAACCAAGGGUACUGUCUUAAUCAAAUCCGCCGAUGAACUUAUGAACUUCUCAGCAGGCGAAGAAAACUUGUUGGAGAAUCAAAUUAAGGCUAUUGCCGAUACUGGUGCCAAGGUUGUGGUUUCCGGUGGUAAAGUUGGUGAUAUGGCUUUACAUUUCCUUAACAAAUACAAUUUGAUGGCUGUCCGUUUGAAUUCUAAAUUCGAUUUAAGACGUUUGGCUCGUGCUGUCAAUGGUACUGUUUUGCCACGCAUUACCACUCCCAGCCAAGAGGAAUUGGGUUACUGCGACAAGGUUUGCAUUGAAGAAUUGGGUGAUACCGCUAUUGUAGCUUUCAGAAAUGAAGGCAAAGACUCUCGUAUUGCUACCAUCGUUGUGCGUGGUGCCACUGACAACUUUAUGGAUGAUAUUGAACGUGCCAUCGAUGAUGGUGUCAAUAACUUUAAGUGUCUAUCACGUGACGGACGUUAUGUACCCGGUGCUGGUGCCAUAGAAAUUGAAUUAGCCACACAAAUUGCUGCCUAUGCUGAUACCCUACCCGGUUUAGAACAAUAUGCUGUCAGACGUUUUGCCACCGCCUUGGAAGCUUUCCCCAAAGCUUUAGCUGAAAAUACCGGUAUUAAUGGCACUGAAAUUGUCAAUCAAUUGUAUUUGGCCCACAAAGAGGAGGCGGGCAAAAAUGUUGGUCUUAAUAUUGAAGCCGAAAAGGCUGAAACUUAUGAUGUUGCCAGCAAUAAAAUCUAUGAUCUUUAUCAAGCUAAAUACUGGGGCAUUAAAUAUGCUGUAGGAGCUGCCAAUACCAUACUUAAAGUCGAUCAAAUUAUUAUGGCUAAACGUGCUGGUGGUCCCAAACCUCGUCAAAAUGCCGGCAGUGAUGAUGAAAGUUAAAUUUAGUUUUCAUAUUUUUCUUACUCUCUUCAUAUCAUUUGGGCAUUUUUAUCUUUUCGUUUAUUUUACUAAUAAUUUUUGUUUUUUUUAAAGCAGUGUCUUUAAAAUCUUUAUUAUAUCAUAUAAAACAAAGAAAGAUUCUCUCACAACACUCACCUUUAUUGUAUUAAAACCUUGAUGCUUAAGGAUUUCUUUAA